UCCCGCAGCCUCGUCCUUGGUGGCUCGGCUCGCUCAGCCUCGGAAACGUCAAGAAGGGAUAAAGAAUCACUGUUUAUGCAGACAGGCCCGUGCUUGCCGCGGUGCUCGCUAUACAGCGGAACAUCUCCACGACUGCUUUGUGCAGCAACACAGCAGAAAAAUACUGGCCAGAACUUGGAAGAGGACCAGAAUCAGAGCCAAAAUGAGCAGAAGGUGGAACCCAGCUCUGCUGAAAAACUGCUAGCUGAAGAAAAGGCCAAACUGGAAGAACAACUAAAAGAAGUUAAUGACAAGUACAAGCGUGCCUUGGCAGAUGCAGAAAACGUGAGGCAAAGGAGCCAGAAACUGGUAGAAGAGGCAAAGUUAUACGGGAUCCAGAGCUUCUGUAAGGACUUACUAGAAGUUGCAGACAUUUUGGAGAAAGCAACAGAAAGCGUUCCAAAAGAAGAAAUUAAGGAUGAAAACCCUCACUUGAAGAACUUAUAUGAAGGUCUUGUGAUGACAGAAAUACAGAUUCAGAAAGUGUUUAAAAAGCAUGGCCUGCUCAGACUGGACCCUGUCGGAGCCAAGUUCGAUCCCUAUGAACACGAAGCGCUGUUCCAUGCUCCCGUGGAGGGGCAGGAGCCUGGCACUAUCGCGCUGGUAUCCAAGGUUGGCUAUAAGCUGCACGGGCGCACGCUGCGGCCCGCCCUGGUGGGUGUUGUGAAAGACGCUUAGCUGCUCAAGCUGAGAGUUUCAAAUGCCAUACAACUAUUAAACAGCUGGAUGGUUUUUCUCUCACACCAUGCUUCCCUCGUUCCUCUGCUCCCUGAGAGGUUUAAAUGAGUUGGUUGAGGUCUCCCAGUGAAAAUGAAGUAACUGAUGAAAUUCUCCUGCUUAGUGGCCUUCAACAUCACUGUUCCAUAAGCUCUUCUUCAGUGUGAACUACAAGAGCCAUUAAUUAAGCCCUCCGAUGCUUUAGAUUAGAUAACGUUUUUUUACAACUAUUGCUCCUGAGAAGGUGAAUUAAAUUGGAAAUAAUGAAAUGCUCACAAGAGUGUUGCAAUUUCAGGUUUAUCACUGUGUGUAGAUUGAAAAUGCAGAUAGUGAUUCGAACACUUCUUUGGUUUUGUACAGUCUCACAUUGCAGAAGUGGGUGACGUAGUACAACCAACCUGCUUUCUGCAAGCACCCAUCAGCUUUUACACACUGAUGUGAGAAAUGCCCUGUUUUGUCUAUUCAAAAGUAAUCUUUCAACACCUGAAACCUGUGUGAAUUCUGACCUGUAAAUAAAUGGCAAUGGAGAUUAGAUA